UUCGAGAAGCCACAGUCGACAAAUCACGCACCAUUUGCGCCAGUCCACGACCAAAGGCCUUUUGAAGAUAACAUCAGAGAUCUAAGAAAGAGAUAUAUAAAGUCGAAGCCGAGUGCUAUUAUUCGUCAUCAGUCCAGGAAUUAUCGUCUGUCGCCCACAGCACCCCACAUUCCGAUUUGAGAGCCGAGCUGCCUUUGAAGACUAUAGAGGUGAUACCGUCCAUCAACAUGAGUGAGCCCACAGGCGGAGAGACGGCUCCGUCUCCAGCUCCCAUUGUCAAUGAUUCAACGACAACUAGCGGAACGCCCGCGCAACCUGAGACUGCUGCUCCCCCGCCUGCUCCCCCUUCUAAGGACGCCAAGACCACAGAGGCAGCUGCGGGACCAACGAAGCUCUCUGCUGCCGAGUUGAAGAAGCAAAAGCAAGCCGAGAAGCAAGCUCGCAGGGCGCAGGCAAAAUCAUCCGGACCACCUGCACCACAGAAGGGGCCAUCAAACAAGGAGGGCGCCAAGUCACAGAAAGAAUCCAAGCAGUCUAGCAAAGAUGAUAAAUCUAAGUCAUUACCCAUGCGGAGGCGCAACUCACAGCCAAGUGUCGUAACACUCAAGGAGACGAAGAAAGAAUCCCGGAAAGAGAGCAAAAAGGAUUCUCGACAACCAGGUCUCUUCUUUGGUCAUCUGUACAACCAACCCCGCCAACAUUCAAUUGUCGGCGCAACCAAGGAAGUGCACCCGGCCAUUCUCGCCCUUGGUCUGCAAUAUAGCAGCUAUAUUGUAUGCGGAAGUACUGCUCGCAUGGUUGCAAUGCUAUUGGCUUUCAAGGCAGUCAUAGAUUCCUACCAGACUCCCGUUGGGACCAGUUUGGCACGCCACCUCACAUCACACCACCUCAGUCCACAGAUAGACUACCUUCGAAGUUGUCGUCCGCUCAGCAUCAGCAUGGGAAAUGCUAUCCGAUGGUUGAAGGACAUCAUCAUCAAAAUCGACCCUUCAACCCCUGAAGCCGAAGCGAAGCGUGACCUCAUUUCCGAGAUCGAUGACUUUAUCCGAGACCGUGUCACUGCAGCCGACAAGCUCAUCAUUGAUCACGCUGUGAAGAAAAUUGAGAAUGGCGAUGUUAUUUUGACGUACGCAUCGUCAUCAAUUGUGGAGAAGACAUUGGUGCACACACACAAGGCCGGGAUCAAGUUUUCCGUCAUCGUCGUCGACUCCAAGCCCUUGUUUGAAGGCAAGCAGCUUGCCAGGAAAUUGGCCCACCAUGGAAUACCAGUGAAGUACUUCCUUGUUACAGGAGCUACACAUGCAGUCAAACAAGCGAAUAAGGUCUUCUUGGGAGCGCACGCUAUGAUGUCUAACGGUCGACUCUAUUCACGAGUGGGCACUGCGAUCAUAUCCAUGCUCGCACACGCACAGUCACUCCCAGUCAUUGUACUUUGCGAAUCGGUCAAAUUUACAGAGCGCGUGGCUUUGGACUCUAUCGUCGGCAACGAAGUCGCCCCAUCCGAGGAGGUUCUUUCGGAGGGUGAGAGGCAGGAGCUACUUCCCCUAAAGCCUCAUCUACCAGCAGGACUGCUCACAAAGCUUGGUGAGAGCACAGACAAGGCAGGCGUGGAAAAGGCCAAUUCUUCGGGAGAGGUGUUGAAAUGGAUUGAGGCUUCCGACAAUCUCCAGAUGUUGCAGGUCCUUUACGAUGUGACCCCUGCCGAGUAUAUCAAUAUGGUUAUUACGGAGUACGGAAGUCUUCCUCCAAGCUCCGUUCCAGUCGUCCAUCGUCUGAGCAUGGAUAAGCAAGAGACCAGGAAAUGAGUGGGUGACAGCAUUUAUUUGCUUUCUAUUUGGGUAUCUCUUGUAUAUGAUUUCAUGUGUUCAGAUGUCACGUUGAUUAACCAUGACGGGCAGCUUAAAAGUGCCCUGUAGAGUCCUUACUAGUAGAUAGGAAUCUCAUGAUCGAAUUAGGAAAUGACCUUUACC